CAUCACGCCUGCGCCGUGCCUGAGGAGUAGCUUUCGAUCUGCGCUUCGAGUUUACGUACCUUUAAUUGUGUUGGAGUGGUCGCCUAUUGCAGCGCUUUCCAUUGACCUUUCUAUUGAACUCUCUAUUCCUUCGCUGUGUUGUGCGAAUCGUUCUUUUGCCUGUUCAUUCGCUAUCGGCCACAACCCCGAUUCUGCUUACAUUUUCACCACCAUCACCACAUUAAUACUUUCUCACAUCGGCAACCAUGUCCGACGACGAAGAUUUCUAUGAUGAAUACGACGAAGACAUUUUCUGGGUAGAAGAACCCGACCCAACUGUCGCUGACGAUCUCGCCGCCACAGCGACUGCAACAAAUGACUUGAUCUUCUAUGACGAUCCGGCCCUUGAAGCUGAAGAAUUCUUCAGCGACUGGGACGAUCUCUCCGACGAUUACUACGACCAAGAUCCGACCGCAGUCCGACGCCAACGUGCUCUCAACGCCCUUCUAGCCCAAAAGUCCAUCUCAGCGGGUAUUCCGCCCACAAAACGCAGCUGGAAGCACCCCUCCAAAGGUCUGUUCGAUGUCGCAGCAUUCCAGGGUGUAGUGUGGAAAAGCCCCGCCGACGACUUGAAAAUUGCGCUGCAUGAGCCAGGUGAGGGAGAGAAGGUCGCGCUGUUAAAGAAUUGGCGGGAGGUGUUCCGGAAUUCGAAUCCCGCGAUUGGAAGAGCUAGGGUCAGAAAAGAGACCGUGGGACGGAGAGGAAUUGGUUCACCGGAAGUGGUGGAUUUGUAUGGUGCUGAGGAUGUGGAAGCAGAUGACGGGGAGGACGCAGAUAUUGAGGAUGGGGUGGAGGUGGAGAUGUCAAAUGGACAGGACAAUGGUGCGCUGAAUGACGUGCCUGCUGCUGGCGGUGACACGGACAUGGUUGAGACUGAAAAUACGGAAGGUACUCAGGACCUUCCCGAUGGUAUAAAGCCGUCUGACUCUCUUGAGGUGCCCAAGUCGAAACCAAACGGUGUCGCUGCUGCAUCAGCAGACAAGCCAGCAACAAGAGGCCGGAAGCGCAAGGCUGAAGAAGAAAGCGAACCUGUCCCUGAAGCAACCAGUAAGACGAGAUCGAAACGCGUCGCAACACAGAAAGUCGGCGAGGCGAAGGUUUCUAACCCCGCGCCUUCGGGUCCAGUGCGGAGGUCGGCCAGAAACAAGAAGUAAUUG